CGAAACGGAUCUCGGCAAUGUCGGUUCGAAACGCGGUGCCUAUUUCACGAACUUUAAUUUUUCUUUUAUCGAAAUAACUUCCUCAACAGAAAAUUGCCCUUCAAAGAAAAUUACUCAGUUUUUCGAUUCUUGGUGAGCGGAGCUAGACAAAUAAGUAGACGUAUGAAAGACGUAAAUAGAGAAAACGAUGUAAACAAUUCGGAUUGGUGUACCAUAUUUUUAAAUGGUUCGAGAGAAAAAAAAAUGAAAAAUGCCUUUUAAAUCAUUCUUCAUUUCCCCGGAAAUUCAUUUCUUAAUCAAUAUUAGAUAUUACCAACGAUUCGAGUUCCUUUUUGCGAACCUCUUGCUAACAGAUGCAACAAAUGCAUUCACACGAAAAGAUAAUUAAUAAAAAAAAAAUCCAUAAAAAUUAAUGUUGCUACAGAUUUUUUAUUCGAAAAAAUUCUUUGUAUCUGAAGUGACUUUUAACUGAAUCGCUGCCAAAGCCAAAAUAAUCAGGUUUAGAUUUUAGAGUUAAGGAAGGUUUGGUACAAAAAUUGAUGGUCUCGGUUGAAAAUGACGUGUCGAUUUAACUAAAGGAACAGAAUUUGUACAAUCUGUGGAUAUGUGAGAAGAAACCUGUGCAGAAUGGAUAUUUAGAGUUUUUUAUGUAAUUAAGGAUCUACGUUUCCGAAGAAAGAAUCUACUCUUAAAAGGAUGCUCUCAAUGGAAGAAGAGGUAUUAUUAAAAGUACAAUAUGGUAGAAGACGUGGGUUGACGAGGAGAAAUUGAAGUAGAAGUAAAACCGAUGGCUCUGUAAAAAGAGUGAUAUCAUAAAAAAAGAAAAGAUGGGGUCGCUGCCAAAUCUGCAUGAACUGUCAAGAGACAAGCUGGAAAGUCCUGUUCACCGACCAGCUCCAAUUGGAGGUCUUGGUCCCUUGAUGUUACCACCACAACCUCCGCCCCUGGCACACACCCACAAACGUGCGAGGAGCAGCGGUCACCACCAUACCUUGUGGGACAAUGAUGCGAUGCUCGAGCAUAUGGCGACAUACUCCCCGAUAUCCUGUCGAUCUGCGAGGGCUUCAGCCUUAUCCUGGAGGCGAAGGGAGUCGAUGAGUUCAUCAGCUGGAGCAUCUUCGGUUCGCCGUUUGAUAGCAGCGGUGAGAACAGCGCCCUCGGGACCAAGACCUCCGAAAAAAGCAGUUUUGAGGCACUGUGCUGCACUGCUCUUGGGUCACGCUACGAGUUCGGCUGCAAUCCUGCCCAUAUUUCCCCUACAAGCUGGGCUUGGGGGUUUUGAUCCAUUUUUGGGUCCAGCUUUGCUGGCUCUGCUCUUCGCAGCCGCUACUUUAGCUACUUGUUUUGCCCCCAUCAUCACUCAGAAGCUUGGCACUAAUCUAACUGUCAUCUUUGGACAUGUUGUCACCAGCAUCUUUGUUGGCGCCCAUCUUUACCCCAGGUGGUACGUCCUGGUGCCAAGUUAUGCAUUGCUGGGAAUCUGGAUGAGUCCAGGGUUUUUGGCAAGAACCUCACACGUGAACGUCUGUGCAGCUAGUCUUGGUCUUGUAUGUGCGGAUCCUGAAGAUCCAGAUGAUACAAGAAGAGAUUGUUUGUUGAGAAGACUGAACAGAAGCAUGAAAUUGGCAGAGGAUAUGGGCCUUGCUUUUGGUUGCUUUAUAGCAUCGAUCUUGAUUCGAAUAACAGACAUGACGCCCAUGAAUUUGAUGCUGGAUGGAGAAUCGGAGGAAGAAUGUGGCGCAGAAUAUUGUCCUGAGAAAAAGAUGCACUUAUACAAUGAAGAUAAUCUGCAUAAUGAAACUAUAUUUGAAGCAACGAUACCACCUGGAACUUCAAAAAUAAUAGUCAGUGUGUGGCUGGGUCUUGCAGUCCUUGCAAUUGGCACUUCUUGUGCAUUCCUGGAUUCGAGAUUAAAAGAGCCACAGAAUGUUAACGAUAGGGUUAGCACGGAUAAUUUACUGAAAUCCGUGAAAAGCGCCUUUCAAGACCCAAAAUUGCAAUUAGCAGCACCUCUCAACUUAUUUGUCGGAUUAGAGCAGGGCUUUAUAUACUCUGACUUUACGGAAGCUUACGUUGUUUGCGCUUUGGGAGGUGCUGGUCCAGUGAGCCUGAGUUUCCUGAGUCUUGCCUUACUUCAAGCACUUGCGGGUGCAACACUUUCUAUGUUGAUGAGGCAUAUCAAACGAUAUUAUGUCAUUGCCGUCGGAUUCGCCUUUCAUGCCUGUUUGUUAUUGGUGCUGGUGACCUGGAGACCAGCAGGUGACGAUCCGGCACUUUUUCACGUGAUAUCAGCAGCUUGGGGUGUCUGUAAUGCCAUCUGGGAAACCCUAAUAUACACUCUAGUUCUAGGACUAUAUACGAAUUCGUGGCAAGGUCCCCUCGCGACAUCCUUAUUUUGGAGGUGGUUGGGACUCGCCCUGGCCCUAGGACUUCACGGUUUGGUCUGCACUCGAAGUAGAGUUCUCGGAUUGGCUGUAAUACUUUUACUUUCUGUGGUGCCCUACACUUGGCUCGAAAUACGAUUGGCCAAAAGAGGGAAAAGCCUUGCACCUUUGUGACCGCGUAUGUCGAAAAAUCACAACGGCGAAAAUUCGCACAACGACUGAGAACGGUCCGUUCCAUCCAGUUUAAGGAGAAGUCGGUCUGCUUCGGUGAGAAGUGGUAGCACUAAAGCAAGUGGAAGGAACGCUAACAUUUUUAUCUGCCACACCAGAACUUCCGAAAGCUCUGGCAAUGAGCAAGCCUCAGCUUUUCGGAUGACUUAAUUUCGCAUUUAUUUCUAAUCUUACAUAAAUCACUUUUUAGAUUCAAUCAACUAGAUUCUAAAAUAACUUAUUCAUUAAAUUUAUUAUAACUUAUGUUUUUAAAUCGUUUCACAGUCUUCCUUUUUAAAAAAAAAAAGUCUUCAAACAUAACAAGAAUAUUGAAAAUGGAAACCCAGCGAGUUAAAACUAACUCAGAUUUAAAAGUUAAUUUACAAAAUUAAAAAUAGACACUUGUUGGUAAAUCAAAAAAAUCUAAAUUUUUUAAAAGAAUACAAACGGGGCUGCUUUUGUAUGCAUUUUAAAAGUUUCUUCCAAAAAAUUUGAAAUGCCCAGUAGGAGAAUAAAUCCGGUAUCCGUUAAACAAGAAAACAAAACGAAAUCGUUCAAUAUCAGCAAGACAAUCACGAAAUAGAAUUUAGUUUAGUCAAAAAAUGUCUAUUAUCUGAAAUACGUACAUAGCUUGAAUUUCUGAACUGAAAGUAUUUUCACUACGCUUAAUAUCUACAGAGAAUAUCGACCAAGUAAUUUUUCUUUUUACAAAAUCUACGAAGGUCCUGAGUUACGUUGGUAUUUGGAUUUGAAUUUUUAGAGUUGAACUGAAGUCAAUUGUCAAACGUUAUUUCUUAGUAACUUACUAUUUUGAAUGCUCACUAUUUCCUAAGCAUGAAAACCAUUUGUUAUAAAAAAACUGGUGCUCAAAAAAGGUAGAAAACAACCUAUUGUUAAAAUGUUGAAAACACUCUCAAAAAGCAAAAAAGAUGAACAAAAAGAAAAAUUCAAAAACCGAAAAAAAAGGUUGAUUACUUUGCUUUUACUUUGGCCUAUUUAUUUCAUGUUGAGCAAUAAAAAAUUGUUAUGUUUAUACAAGUUUUUAACAUUUUUUUAAAAAAGAAAUUCGCGCGAUUCCUUCUGUGAAGAAAAAUGUUCCUCUAAACAUAAGAUCUGUUAAAUAGUCAUACACAUAUAUGUAAAUACAGCAAUAUCCAUCGCUAACUUUGAAUACUUGCAUUUUUUAUAGUUAAAGAGUAAAUAAAAUAAUUUAGGUUUAAAGUUAAGUAACGUUUUCAUAGAUUAAUUGUAAAAAUUCUUGAUCAAGUCAUGCUCGGCAGAGAAUUUCUAGAGACGAAUUACAAAAAAAAACUAAUGCGUUAAAAACGAAUCUCGAAAACUAUAAAUAAGUUUUUGAAAAUGUACUGUUCAAUCUAGAAAUAUUACUCGUAUUUUCCAUGCUUUAUUGAAUACUUCUGCUACAUCCGCCGUUUUAAAUAUCAUCUCUUCUAACUGGAUGGAACGCUUCAUUAUGACAAAAACACGUUCUGAACAAUUUAAUAGGUGUAUAUUAUUUAUUAUAUGGCCAACUGUACGAAUUGCGAGCGUUAUUAUAAUCGAUGAGACUGCUUGUUCGACUUU